AUGUCAUGCCUCGAACAAAUAAUCGCGUCAUCCACGGACAAUUCGGAUUGCGGUUACUUCUCACACGAGCAUACGACCUUACUCACUCCUUACGGUUACGAGAACGAGCCCUCCUAUUACCCAUCAUCACAUCCAACACAUCCUAUCACUCCGACCGCGCAAUACAACGACUCAGCAAUAAUUACGCACGCAUUGGCAUUGCUUCAACAACCCACACCGAUCCGCUGUAUGCAAAACUUCGACUUCCAACUGUGUAACCCGGACAUAGUGCUGCAACGAUCCACGCCGACUCCGGCGGCUUUUGCCACUCCUCCUGUAUCGUACCACACGUACGACGACUGGCAGAUGUUCAACGGCAAUGGCGUUUCGGCCGUAUCAUCGCAUUCGCACGGCUUGAAGAGAGCAAGAACACACCAACGGACACCUUCGGCAUCGACAGUUGCGAGCAACGGUCCGGCAUCACCGUACACGCACAACUUCAGCAAUCCGCACAUCGCAAACACCGACUUUGCACCGCAUUCGCCAGCCCAAUUCGCUGAUCAAGCGAUCGGUGGCUUCUCGAAGAAUCUACCUACACCCUCGCAGACCCCGACAGACAGUGUGUUCCUCGGUGGCGGUUACCUGCCGAGUCAAGCCGCGCACACAGGGGCUGCGCACCAGGCUAUGAAAGGGUUCUUGAUCGAUUACCACAAUCGAGACUUUGCGCCCGAGCCCGCAUACUCUUCCCGGACUAUGUCGACCAACGGCAACGACUCGCCAGUGACCCCACAGUCCCACGUGGGCGACAUGUCGCACACCGGCCAACACGCCUUGCCACAGAACGAUCAGCAACAGAAUCCAAACGUACACCUUUGGAGAACCGAGUCGCAAGCAUACCAAGAUGAGUUGUACAACCCCCCAACGACGUCGUACAGCGCAGCACCUGCCGUCAAGCCAGCAAGCACUUUCCUCUCGCCACACCGGAACCUGGUGACAGAGCGGUUACAAACGGCGAACAUCGCGCGAUCACACUCACCGACAUCUUCGUUAUCACGUGAGCGCUCUCCUUUUAGGGAUGGUUCACCGCUCGCUCCACUUGGAGGGUGGCGAUCUCCGGGCCCAGGAGUAGGAACAGCUGCCAGUCUUAGGCACCAACAGAAGGAACAGGCCGAUCAAGCAGAGCUACUACAGCACAUGCCACCGCUGCAACGCGAGCCCACUAAAACCAUUUCACCGAAAGAUGCUGUGCUGGAUUACGACGGACCGGAGCAACCAUCACUGUUCCAGGACUCCAUUCCAGCAGGCUAUAAGCCGCAUAACGGUGCCACAGAGCAGUGGCCAAGCAACUACUAUAGCCAGUCGGGAGCGGCCUUUGGCAACCUCCAGGCGCCAAGUCAGCAGUCCUACGCCAACUUUCGCGCCACUCAAUCAGCUGACGGCUUGCCCGGUGGUGACGCUAUAAACUUUGGCGGUUUGCCACCAUCUGGUCAAAGCCUUCUACAAAAUGGAACAAGUUUCGAUAACACUUACGCGGCACCGAAGAUGGAUUCAACACCGGAGUUUCCGGCUCACCUUACUACUAUGGAGUCGUCCAUCAGCGACAACGGCCCACCGGUUUCGUCACAAGACAGUACGAUGAUCACUUCAGCACUCACGCGACCUUCGGACACACGCGCGGCUACCGGCACGUACACUUGCACAUACCACGGCUGCACCCAGCGCUUCGAGUCACCAGCAAGUCUACAGAGGCACAAGCGAGACUAUCACCGCUCCCAGCAACGUCAUAGGGAUGGCAGCGGCACCGCGUCAUCAGCGGAAGCCUCGACAUCGCCACCGCCUACGGAUUCACCUGGGCCAGCUGGCGCUGGGCUGACCUCCGCUGCACUUGCGGCUCGCAACUCUCAGGCCGGCCCGCAUAAGUGCAUGCGAACUAAUCCUUCCACCGGCAAGCCUUGUGGCACGAUCUUCUCAAGGCCGUACGAUCUGACUCGUCACGAGGAUACGAUACACAACAACCGUAAGCAGAAGGUCAGGUGUCCUAUGUGUCGGGACGAGAAGACAUUCUCGCGCAACGACGCGCUCACGAGGCAUAUGCGCGUGGUCCACCCUGAAGUGGAGGAGCUUGGUAGACGGAAGCGUGGCCGUGACUGA